CUCUCACUACUUUAAAUCCCACCUGCAGUUUGUGCUGAAAUGAACAACAGAUAUCACCGAGCGGCGAGAGACGGUCAUGUGACCUUACUGAAGGAAGCCACCAGGAAGGAGCUGAAUGCUGAGGAUGAAGACGGUAUGACCCCAGUGCUCUGGGCGGCUCACCAUGGCAACCUGGAGGCUCUGAGAGUCAUGCUGGGGCGAGGCGGCGAGCCUGAUAAGUGUGAUCUCUGGGGAAACUCUCCUCUUCAUCUGGCCGCCGCUCACGGUCACCUGGACUGCCUUUCUUUCCUCGUGUCCUUCGGCGCUAACGUGUGGUGUUUGGAUAAUGACUACCACACUCCACUAGACGUGGCCGCCGUGCGAGGACACAUGGAUGCCGUGCGGUAUCUAGACUCCGUCGCCGGCAGGCAGAGCAGCGUGAACCCCAAACUGGUGAGGAAGCUGAAAGAGCGAGCUCUCCAUAGGGCAGAGCUACGUAUUAAACACUGCGCAGAACUGCAGCAGGAAAACCAGCGGCGCAUGGAGAAAAAAAUCCUGAGAGAGACCGUGGAUUCUGGAGCGUCGGGUUCCGUGAGGUUCUCCAGCUACGGCCGCAAAAAUAUCCCACAGUUCAAUACCGUUAACUCCAGUGUCACCUACACGCAGGUCACGAUGAACUCCACAGCCAAAGGUAGGAAGAAGAUCCCGAGGUGUCUGGAGAAGAACAAGCAGGUUGAUGGCACCUUUAAGAUCUCCGAAGCUGGAAGGAAAAGUGUGCGAUCUCUUUCUGGGCUUCAGCUGGGGGACGACGUGAUGUUCCUAAAGCCAGAGACGUACACAAACCCUCGCCGCCGACUUCACAUUCGCAAAAUGUUCCCUCCAAACUCCAAUGAUGACCAUGAAGAUGAUGGUGAUGAUGAUGAUGGUGAUAAUAUAGCUCUGGUUUCACAUGCAGUGAGUGAUCCAGGUUUGUACAAUGUCCCUGGACAGGACUCUCUGUUCUCCAGGCCUGGUCUCGGGACGUUCUUUUUCCGGAGGAAUUACAGCAAUGAUGGAGUUCAGGAUGUUGAUUCGUACAGUGUAGAAGGUGAGGAGUCACUGUGGAGAGAAAGGAAUAUUCACGUUAGACAGAGUGUAUGUCUGAGACCGCCGAGCCUGGAGCAGGACACUAUCAGCAGGUCCAUGUGUCUUCAGACCAGACGUUUAAAGGAUUUUCCAUGGAAUAAUGACGAUCAAAAUCAUGGUGAUGAAGAUGGCGAUGAAGAGUAUGAUUAUCUUCAGCCUUGCUCCUCUCCUCUGGAGGUCUUCUUGGUGUCUCAGGGUCUGGGAGAGUUCUUGUCCCUCUUCCUGAAGGAGCAGAUGGACCUGGAAGCUCUGAUGCUGUGCUCUGAACCUAACCUGGUCAUCAUCAAUGUGCCGCUUGGACCCAGGAAGAAGCUUCUGGAAGCCUGCAGUCGGCGUACACACACUCUGCAGCGAGCCAGGGCCAUGUGUGACACUCAGCUCUGAGUGUGUGUGUGUGUGUGUGUGUGUGUGU